UUCACCUCGUCUGAAGAGAAGCCAACAUGAAGACUCCUUGUGUCACCGUGGGACUCCUGCUGCUGUUCGCCGUGUGCCUCUGCGCUGCCAUGCCACAUGGACCAAAUGACUUGAGGCCUGGACGGUGCUGCUUUAAGUUCUUCCCGGGCAGGAUCCCAGAGGCCCACAUUUUGUCCAUCGCCAAAACUCACCAGAGCUGCACAAAGCGAGGAUUUGUGAUCAACACUCCCCAGGGAGACUACUGUGUGAACCUGAAACAGCAAUGGGCCAUCAGAGCUUUCCUGAAGACCCCGAAGAACCAAGUGGCUCCGUCCACUUUAUCUCCGGCCUAAAAAUCGCUCCCCGCUUUCACAGCAGGGUCCAAAGCUCUCUGAACAAAUCAUCACUGAGCAAACCUCGACAUCUUUCAAAUAUGCAAACUAACGCUUUGCAAUCUUUUUUUUUUUUUUGUAUUUAACCAGAAUUUCUAAAGAUUGAGCCAAAGCACUGAUUUAGUUUCCAAGUGUUUUAAAGCCUUUUUAUAACCCGAGUGCAAUUUUCAGCGUUUUAUCAUAAUUUUACAAUUUAUAUUUGAAGAAGUUUCCUCAAAGUUUAGGCUUUCUGAAGUUUUUAAGAUCGAAAACAAAAUACUUGUGAGUGGUUGCAGACUUUGGGACCCCACUGUAAUUUUUACGUAUAUUCUAAAUAAGUGUUAUUUUUCUUUGCACGUAGCUUACACAUAAAUGCAUCUUACUGUGCUGUUUCUGAUACAUUAUUAAAGUUUUAUUUCA